AUGGCCACCAAAUUCACGUCUGCUGAUGGCAACACAGAUGCUUUAGGAGAUAGACUCUAAAAGAGAAAUGAAAACCAGAUUUCUGAUCUGUUAGAUACAUGAUGACACAGUCCAUUGUCGUCCAAGUUGGACAGUGUGGAAAUCAGAUUGGUUGUCAGUUCUGGGAUCUUGCUUUAAAAGAACAUGCUUCAGUGAAUAAGCAAGGUAUAUAUGAUGAAGCUUUAUGUAGUUUCUUCAGGAACGUUGACAGUCGCUAUGAUGACCCUGUUAAUAUUUCCCUGUCUAAUGGGAAGGGAAGAAUCAGAGCUCUUAAAGCCAGGGCUGUUUUAGUUGAUAUGGAGGAAGGAGUAGUCAGUGAAAUUAUGAAAGGGCCAUUACGAGAUGUAUUUGACUGUAAACAACUCAUCACUGAUGUCUCUGGCUGUGGAAACAACUGGGCAGUAGGAAACAAGAUGUACGGAGGGCAAUAUGGAGAGAUGAUAUCAGAGACGAUAAGACGUGCUGCUGAACAUUGUGAUUGUCUACAAUGUUUCUUUAUAUUACAUUCCAUGGGAGGAGGUACAGGAUCUGGUGUAGGAACAUUCGUUUUAAAUCUCCUGGCUGAUGAAUACCCUGAUGUUUAUAGGUUUGUGACUGCAGUGUAUCCGUCUGGUGAAGAUGACGUGGUUACCUCCCCUUAUAACAGUGUAUUAGCUAUGAGGGAACUAACAGAGCAUGCUGAUUGUGUUCUUCCUGUUGAAAAUCAGGCAUUGGUAGAUAUAGUGAACAAGAUUUCUCAGGCUAUACCGUCAGGCAAGACAGGUAAAAGAGUGUACAGUACCAGUAAUAUUAAAACAGACAGUACCCUGACAGCAAUAGACAAUACAACCUGCCGAGAUGAGAAACCAUUCGAUGCUAUGAAUAACAUUGUGGCUAAUUUAUUGUUGAAUAUGACGAGCUCAGCUCGUUUCGAAGGUUCAUUAAAUGUCGAUUUAAAUGAGAUCACGAUGAAUCUAGUGCCGUAUCCACGGUUACACUAUUUGGUGACCAGUCAGAGCCCACUAUAUGUAUUUAAAGAUGUUCAUCUUCCACCAAGAAGGUUGGAUCAGAUGUUUACUGAUGCUUUCUCUAAAGAUCACCAGCUGAUAAAAGCUGAUCCUAAACACAGCCUGUAUCUAGCCUGUUCAUUGAUGGUCAGAGGGAAUGUGGAGAUGUCUGAUAUAAGACGUAAUAUUGAUAGAUUGAAACCAAAUUUGAAAUUUAUAAGAUGGAAUGAAGAUGGAUGGAAGACCGGUCUAUGUAAUAUACCACCAGUAGGACAGCCAUAUUCUCUACUUACCAUGUCUAAUAACACCUGUAUACGUGAUAGUUUCACCAGUCUUAAAGAUAGAUUUGUUAAACUCUAUAAACGCAAGGCUCAUAUACAUCAUUAUACCAGUGUAGAUGGAAUGGAGAUGGGUGAUUUUUCCAGCAGUUUAGAAUCUCUGAAUUCUUUGAUAACAGAUUAUGAUCAACUGGACAAAUCUCAGGGUGUAGAAACACUGGUAUCAAGGCUACAAGUGGCUUCCUGAAGACCAUAUGAAAGCUGAAUUUCUCUUAUCGUAACACCUGAUGGUACUUGUCACUAAUAUACAAUUAUUGUUCCCGAUUUUGUCAUGCUAUGAACAAGAUUUGUGGUUACUGGAAUUGUCAUGGUUGUACAGAUUUGAAUUAGAUACUUUUAUGAUGUUUUGAGGCUCUGUGGCUUAGUCGGUUAGAGCAUUAAUUCUUCAAAUGAUGUCAUUAUAGUGGUUACAUCAAACAAAUGAUGAUCAUGGGUUCUAAUCUUGGAAGUCUGAUGCUUUGAAUAAGUUAUCUCCACUCAUAAUUCCAUGAUCUAACUUGUAAAUAAAUCUUUAAGUUGUU